AUGGAGGAGAUGGGGAUCUCGCUCAGCGACAUGCGCGGCUACGCGGAAGCCAUGGCGGAGACACUCGCCGUGAUGCACUGGGCUUCUCGGGUGGACGCGAACGACGUCGAGUUCGUCCUGGUGCGUCCUGAUGCUGGCCAGGGGCAGUUGGAGAACAUCCUAGGGGAGGGAGCAUGUGCUGUGGAUGCUCGAUUUCGACCUUGUGCAGGGAGAUAA